AUCAAAGGAAUAUGCUAAUAAGAAGAGUGAAAAUGAUGCUCAAUGAAGAAUUAUUAGUUGGUGAUAAUUUGAAAGGAUUGGAGGUUGUUGAUGAAUUGCAAAGGUUGGGAAUCUCAUAUCACUUUCAAAUGGAAAUAAAUCAAAUGUUAGAGAUUAUCAAUGAAAGAUUCAACAAUGGAGAAGAAGGUUUAGAAUGGAAUAACAACAGAAGUUUAUAUGCCACAUCUCUUCAUUUUAGAAUUUUAAGGCAACAUGGCUAUCACAUCCCUCAAGAGGUAUUUGACGGGUUUAAGGAUGAACUAGAAAAUAUGGAUAGUGAUAUUUGUGAUGAGAAAGCUAAAGAUAUGUUAUCAUUGUACGAAGCUUCCUUCUUGUCAAUGGAAGGUGAAAGCUUUUUGGAUGAACUGAGGCACUUUGUCGUUCAACAUCUUUCAAAAUACCUUGAAUCAAAUGGUGAUGAAAUAGUUUGUACUAUGAUAAGCCACGCUCUUGAACUCCCACUUCAUUGGAGAAUGCCAAGAUUGGAGGCUAGAUGGUUUAUCGAUGUGUACCGAACAAAACCCGACUCAAAUCUAGUGUUGUUGGAUUUAGCCAAGUUAGAUUUCAACGUUGUCCAAUCCAUACAUCAAGAUGACCUCAAAUAUGCUGCUAGGUGGUGGAAGAGUACAGGGCUUGCAGAAAAACUAGAGUUUGCAAGGGAUAGACUAAUGGCUAAUUUCUUUUGCUCUGUGGGAAUGGGAUUUGAACCUCAUCUUGGAUGUUUUAGAAGAAUGACCACAAAAGUUACUUCAUUAAUAACAAUAAUUGAUGAUGUUUAUGAUGUCUAUGGAACUUUGGACGAGCUCGAACUCUUUACCGAUGUCGUUGAGAGAUGGGAUAUUGCAGCAAUUGAUCGCUUGCCUAAAUACAUGAGAUUAUGUUUUAUUACUCUCCACAACACCAUCAACGAUAUGGCUUUCAAACUACUCAAUGAUCAUGAAGUCAAUGUCAUUCAUUAUUUAAAAAAAAUGUGGAUAGAUUUAUGCAAAGCAUUUUUGAUAGAAGCAAGGUGGUAUUACACAAAUUACAUACCAACAUUUCAAGAGUAUUUAGAGAAUGCUUGGAUUUCGGUAUCUGCAUCUCUUCUUCUUGUUCAUGCUUAUGUCUUUGCCACAAACUCAUUGACAAUUGAGGCUUUGGAAUGCUUGCAACAUUAUCCUUAUAUUAUUCAACAUUCAUCCAUCAUAUUUCGUCUUGCCAAUGAUUUAGCUUCAUCAUCGGAGGAAGCAAAGAGAGGAGAGGUCGCUAAUUCUAUACAAUGUUACAUGAAUGACACGGGUGUAUCAAAACAAGAAGCAAGACAAUACAUAAAGGAUUUGAUUAUGGAAUCGUGGAAAAAAAUGAAUGAAGAAGUUCAAGCUUUGAAUAAUUCACCAUUAUUCUGUAAGGGUUUCAUUGAAAUUGUUUUAAAUCUGGCUAGAAUUUCUCAUACUAUCUACCAACAUAGAGAUGGGCACACUAUCGAAGAUCGUGAGACUAAGAAUCGUGUAUUAUCUUUAUUUAUCAAGGCCGCUUAACAGAAAUUAAAGAGGACACGUAUUCUGUUAAGUGACAUAGUAUCCAUGAAACACCAACUUCAGAAUCACUUGUUUGUUCCCUUCCUCCCAACAAGUCCAAAGUAAUAUUAGUGGCAAAGACAACUUAAUCCAAAUGAUAAACAAGAGACUCUGAGUGAACAGAAAUCAUUUCUAUGAUGGUGAAGGCCAAGAAGAAGAAGAAGAAGAAGAGAAAGAAAAGACAUUCAAGCUAUAUGUUAAGUUACUGCAUUUUAUUUAUUUGUCAAAACUUAUUGUCUGAUAAGCAGUUGCAAAAGAGUGAAUAUACUACAGGGGAAGCCAAAAAGAGGGUCGAUGUAUCU